AUGGACGAAGAAGAGAGGCCUCGGAAACUUCCCAAGCUGAAUAACGAGAACCAGGAUAAUACUGAAAUACUUGGUCCCGCUAUGACAGGAGCUGGCGAUGUGGCCGGCAAGGAUCCGGAGCCCGCAGUCGCAAACGAACCCCAAGACCUCUCCGAAUUUACAGUCAACAACGCCACAGCUACGAAUAAUGAGUCUGCUCCUGCGGCCGAUGCAGAAGGUGCUGCGCCGGUCUUGUCCAAAAACCAACUGAAGAGACAGCGCAAGGCAGAACGGUACCAACAAAAGCGCGAAUUCAUGAAGUCCCAAAAGAAAGACAAGCUCGCCGAGAAGAAAGAGCGUCGCCAGAAACUAUUUGAUGAGGCGAGGGAAAAUGGAGGCGAGGAAGCCAUCGAGAAGCUCCGAGAGCAAUUCCGAUCUAAGAAAGCCAGGAAAGGCCGAUGCACAAUCAUACCCAUCUCAUUCGUGAUGGACUGCGGUUAUGAUGAGCUGAUGGAACCCCGGGAGCGGAUCUCUCUCGCCGGACAGCUCACACGAUCAUACUCAGACAACAACCGCGCCCCCUUCCAUGGACAGAUCAUGUUCUCAUCGUUCGGCGGACUAUUGAAAGAGCGAUUCGACACCGUACUAUGGAGCCACAAGAACUGGAAGCACAUCCGCUUUUUGCAGGAAGACUAUGUACACGCAGCUGGAUUGACUAAGGAAAUCAUGUCAGGUCCGAAGGGAGGCAAGCUUGCGGGACCUUUCGAAGCACAGCCCGACGCGAAGCCCGAGGAUGGCGAGGUCAUCUAUCUCAGCAGUGAUAGUGAAAAUACUCUGACCGAGCUGAAGCCUUACAGCACAUACAUUGUCGGAGCCCUAGUGGACAAAAACCGACACAAGGCUGUCUGCUACAAGAAUGCGGUUGCGAAGGGCGUCAAGACUGCAAAAUUGCCAAUCGGAGAGUACAUUUCGCUGGCGCACCGUCCUGUGCUGGCCACCAACCACGUUAUUGAGAUUAUGCUUCGGUGGUUGGAAUGUCGUGACUGGGGUAAAGCUUUCAUGCAGGUUAUUCCGACUCGGAAAGGUACCGCUUUGAAGGAGACCAAACCCGGGAACGAGGAAACCGUUGAGGAUGUCACGGGUGACGCAGAGCAUGGAGAAGAUGCGGACGAUGUGGACGAGGAGCAGAUUCAAGCGGACCAGAUGAAGCAACUCGAGGAGAUGAACGCCUCAGAUGAGGAAAGUGAAGAUGACAAGGAGUGA